AUGUCCCUCCGUGUCCUCCGUGUCCUCUGCCGUCCUCUGUGUCCUCUGCCGUCCUCCGUGUCCUCCGUGUCCUCUGCCGUCCUCUGUGUCCUCUGCCGUCCUCCGUGUCCUCUGCCGUCCUCUGCCGUCCUCCGGUGUCGUCAUCAGAAGCGUCGCAGCACCACUAAAGUUCGCAACAGUCCCGGCGCUAAAGUCCGAGUGACGGCGAAGGGGAAGGCCGCCGGUUCAAGAGCCGCUACGCCGACGGUCGGAGUCGCCAAGAGAGCCAUGGCCUACCGAGCCAAGCAGGACGUGUCCGACUCAGACGAGGAGAAGAGCGACUCGUCCGACUCUGACGAAGAUGACGAGACGUCAGGAAGCAGCGAUAGCGACGACGACGACGAUGAGAACGAGGACGAGGAUGACGAGGACGAUGAAGAUCAGUCCUCCUCUGAGGAAUCCAGUGACUCAGACUCUGACUAGCCCCGCCCCCUCAUUGGAGAGGACAGGCUGUGCAGGCCACGCCUCCUCACAUACCAAUCAUCCAGGCGGACCAAUGAGAACGGGCAACGCCUCUGAAGGGGGCGGAGCCUGACGGAGCGUUUUGUUACUCGUGUGUUUGUUUUUAUCGAGUGUUUGUUGGUUUUUAUCGGAACGUUUCAGUCGGGUGGAGAGCUGUUUUUCUUUUGUUUUUUGCAACGGCGGGGGGGGGCGGGGCUUGUACAGAGUUUGACAGGCAGAGGGGGGGUGGAGCCUAUUGGUUGUCAUUUGUUACCGCUGAGGGAGGAGCCAGCGCUCGGCCUCCAAUCAGCUGCCUGCCUGAGAAAAUUAACAAAUAAAUGCACUUUUUCUCA